AUGUUACUCGAAUCAACUCAUAUAAAUAUACUUUUAUCAUUUAUACGUUCGAUAUCAAAAUCGAAUGAUCCUGAUCAAUUAUUAUCCUAUAAUAAACGUGCAUCUAUUUUACUUAAUUCAUUAUUAAAACAAGUGCGUGAUCGUAUACUAUCAAAUCAUACACUUACAAUUGAUCAACGUUUAGAAAAUAUUAUAAUAUCAUUAGCUUAUCUAGCUGUUGAACUUACAGAUAGAUGCGAUAUUCGAGCAGAAAUUGUACAAGUUUUAAUUGAUUUUUAUCAAAAAAUACCUACAGCUAAAUAUUAUGAAAUAGCUUCAUUUGAUUAUAAACAUACUUUACCACCAGCUGAAGUAUUCGGUUUUUGUAUUCAUACAGCUUUAACUGAAUUAGCAUCAACAUCAGACGAUUUAAAAAUAAGAGAUAAAAUAAUGUCUCUUGUCGCUGAUAUUAUUCGACGAAUAGUUGAAAGUUUACGUAAAGCAGCAUAUGAACAUUCAAAAGAGAGGUAUCAAUCAAUUUAUCGAUUUGAAGUACCAUUUUUAUUUGGAACUCUUCGAUCAAUUGGACGAAUAUCAAUAACAGAUCAAAGUUUAAUAUCACAAUUAUUUCCAAUAAAUUUUAUUCCUUCUACACAAUCAAUUUAUAUUGAACAUACAGAAUCAAUAAAUACAUCAACAUCAAAUAUAAAAACUUCAACAAUAGCAUUUCGUCCAAUAAUUCCAAAAGUUUUAACAAAAAAUGUUUUAUCAUUAACAAGCGAAAAUUUACAACAUAUUGUAAAUUCUAAUACAAAUGUAAUUUUAUCAACUAAUGAUCAACAAGAUUAUUCGACUGGUUAUAAUCAUCUUACAUCAACAUAUCGAUCACUUUCUUCGGUAGAUAGUAAUGAUCUACCAACGUUUGAUGAUGAUAUUCCAGCAAAUUGUUUAUUCUUUUCUGUCAGUGGUUCAACUUAUCGUCGUCAAAUAAAUUCUUCAACUUAUAUGAAUUCAGAUCGAUUUCGUGUUUGUCUUACUGUACCUAUAUUAGAACAUUUACAUGAAACUUUAAAAUUAAUUGAUAAUCGUGUUGUUAAAUAUUUGGAUAAAGUAGCUAUUAUUGAAUAUGAUUCUAUAAAUCGAAUAAAUAUGUCUACAUCAAGUUCAAAACUUCCAGCACGUCAUUUUCCUUACACAUAUUUUGGUGAUAUACUUAUUUUAUGUAUUAUUAAAUUAUUUCGUGAUAAUCUUGAAUUACUUGCAAGAUUUAAUGAGCGAAGAAAAAAUCAUCGUUUUGAACGAUUAGCAUCAAUAACAAAAUCAACUUAUUUAUUUGUACAACAAUUAAUAGCAUUAAAAUUACUUGAUUUAGAUAAUGAUGAAUAUGAAAAAAAUUCACAUCGUUAUCGAACACGUGUUGAUGCAAAUGCAGCAGCACUUGAAUUACUUUGUUUAUCAUGUGAUGAUGAAAUAGAAGCGGAAAAAUUAUGUACAAAAUGUGCAGAAAAAUUCAGUCAAGAAUCACUAAGUAUCAAAUUAUUGGCAGCACAAAUACCAUUAUUAGUAACAUCAUUAGAGGUUUUAAGUCGAUUAGCAGAAAAACAUAAAUCAUUAGCAAUAUAUACAAUUCGUGCAUUAUGUGAUUUUUUAACUGAACCAUCACCAGUACUUUAUAAAUUAUAUCGACAUACAAGUUUAAAAAUUGAUGCACAAGAACGUGGAUUUUUUUUUAAUGAACAAGCUAAAUCUUCGAAAGAAUAUCGAGCAUUUCAAAUAUUUGAAAAAUUACGUGAUGCUGCAAUCGAAGGACUUUGCAAAUCAUUAUGUAUUCGUUUGGAUUCUGAUCCGAAAUGUGUUGAAGCAUUACUUGUACAACUUUCAGCAAAACUUGCAUCUGGACAUGUUAAUGAUAAGGACGUUUUCAGUUCACAUUGGGCGUUUAACAUUGUGUUACUCGAUGCAGCUGUUCCCAAACGCCGUUCAUCAAUACGAAACGGUAUUAACAAAGGAAAAUAUGAAAGUUUAUUACAAACAUCUUUAGUAUGUCAUAAUACAAUACUUACAUUGGGUCAUAUGGCAAUAACAUUAAAAGAUGUUCAGCAUACACAACAAUCAAUUUUAGCUCGAUUUCAACAACGUCUUGGUGAUCCACCAUCACCAUUAGAUAUUCUUAUUAUAAAUCAAAUUGGUUGUAUGCUUAUUUCAAGUCUUAAUAAUUCAUCAAAUUUAGCAAUAAAACAAUUUUAUAUUUCAUCAUUAAAUUCAUUUUUAAUAAAACCUUCACGUCGUAUACCAUUUCUAAUUAAUAAAUUUAAAUUACCAUUUAUAAAAUUAACUCAAACACCAGUUGAAUUUAUAUUUGAUCGAACAACAAUAUUAAAAAGAAAAGAUAGAAAAAAUCUUAAAAAAGUUUUUAAUCAUAUUUCUUGUCUAUCUAAUGGGCCACAGACAACUUAUGAAGAAAUUCUUGGACUUUUUACUGAAAUAAUUAUCGAUUCGACUUAUUCGACAUAUGAUAAUGCGAAUACAAAUAUAACAGGUCGACGUACGACUAAAUAUAAACAAGCAUCAAAUGCUGUUAUUAAUGCAUUAGCUAAUGUAGCUGCUAAUAUUCAAGGUUCAUUAGAAUUAAUGAAUUUAUUAACAAGUAUUCUUGAAUUAUUUGUUCAACUUGGUUUAAGAGCAAAAGAUGCAAGUGAAAAAUCAACAAAAAAUGCUCUUAAAGCAUCAAAUACUGCUGGUAGUCUUGGUGUAUUAAUACCUGUUAUAGCUCUUGUUAUGCGUCGUAUAUCAGUUAUUGUUGAACCAUCCGAACGUGUAUUUCGUUUAUUUCAACAUUUUUGGUUUUAUUGUGUUCUUUUUGGUUUUGCUGAUUCGGAACGUGGUUUAUGGCCAUCGGAAUGGCAUGAUUGUGUUCGAUUAAUUGCUACAAAAUCUCCAACAUUAGUAGCUCAAGCUGGUCCAUAUGUACCAUUAAAAUCUGCUAUGCCAUUAAAACCUGAACAAAUAGCUAAAGAAGAUAAUAAUGAAUUAAAAUCACAAUUAAAUAAUAUUUUUUCUGCAUUUCCAACAGCUAAACCAUAUAUUGAUAGAUUUGGUUUUGAACAAAGUGCAUAUACACUUUCCGUGUAUUAUCUUGAAACAUUCAGAGUUCGUCAUUCACUUGUACCAUCAGCAUUUCAAUGUAUAUUUUCAUAUCUUGAAGAUCCAGGUUUAUUAAAAGAUAAAUAUGGUUUAUGGACAUUAAUGACAGCUGUUGGAAGAAAAAGUUUUGCAAUUUAUGUUGAUGAAAUGAAAAAAAUGCCAAAAAGUCCUGAACGAAAUAAAAAUCUUGAAGUUCAAUGCCAAUUUUUUAUGGUUAAACGAACACAUGUUCGAGCUGAAGUACGCGAAGAAGCUAAACUUUAUCUUUAUUCAUUAUUAUCAAAAAAUGCAUUUCCACAUUUAUUCUGUAAUUCAGUUGUUAUUGAAACAUUAAUGAAUAUUAUUAAUAUAUUAUCUUAUUCAUUAAAUGAAGAUAAUUUACAUAAAGUAACUGCACAUCAUCGUGUACCAAAUACAAAUUAUACAAUACAAUUUGCUGAUACACAUGAAAAACGAUUGGAACUUUCUAAUGCAUUUGUGGAUUUUGGUCGAACAUUUAUUGAACAAGCAUUAAUGAUGUCACCAACAUUACUUAAAUCAUGUAUUCAACAAUAUAUGCUUAAACUUGAACAAGGAAAAAAGAUUUCAAAUGCAGCUAGACAACAUAAAGGUUUACAUGUUAUGUGGGAAUAUUUAAGUACUUAUUCAAAAACAGCUGAUGCAAAUGCAACAACUGGAGGAAAUAAAUUAUAUUAUCGAACAGAUUUUGCUGAUUAUAUGGUAUCAUUAGGUGAACGAUGUGCAGCAGUUGGUUUUGUUGAAGGACUUGAUCGUAGUGAUUAUCGAACAGCAAUAUUACAAGUAAAAGGACAAAUGGAAACUGCUAUUUAUAAUCGAUUGAGUUCACUUGAUAAAUAUAAAUCAUUACAACAACGUCGUCGUCGAAUGUCAACUGUAGCACCUAUUAGUGAUAAAGGCAUUGCACUUGAUUUUGAAGAACGAAUUGCAAUUUUCGAUAGUGAUUUUCGAAAUGGACUUUUCAAAUUAACAGCAAUGUUAAUUCAUUAUGUUGAUGAUUCAGAAGACAAUGAACAUGAACUACGUUUUACAGCAAUUGGUAGUACACCUAAUGGAAUCAAUACACAAAAAGAAAAUGCACUUGAUCGAGAUAUGGUUCAUGCAAUGACAUGGCUUCCAAUAAAAAUGUUUACAACAUCAGUAAUGGAAGGAGCAGUUGAUUGUUGGUGUUGGGCAAUAAUAGGUCGACCUGAACUUGAAUUAUUAAUUGUUGAAGAAAUUUAUAAAGUUUGGGAAAAAAUAAUAAGUGAUCGACAUGGUCUUUAUUCAAUUGAUAAACCAGAACCAUCACCACUUGCACCAUCAGAAAAAGAAGAAUUAAAACCUAAACCACCAUCUGUAAAUCCACAUCGAAUAUUUUUAAAAUUUAUUGAAGAACGUAUAUUUUUAUGUAUGCAUAAAGCUGAUAUUGAAAUGGAAAUGCUUGUUGAUUUAUUACAUAAAUCACUUUCAUUAAUAUUAGAAAAUUCAAAAGCACCAAUGACAAAACAUGUUGGUGCUGUUGGUCUUCGAUUUCGUUUUUUAUAUUUAGCUUUAUAUCUUGUACAAAGUGAUUAUUUAUCUGAUGGUGUUAGUAAAUUUUUACUUCGAGAAAAAAUUUAUCAUACAGCAUUUGAUUAUUUUACUGUUCAUCAUCAUUGUCCAACUCAAACACAUAAUGAAUUAAGAAAUGAUAUUCGAACAUUAAUUCGAUUUUUUUCAUUAGUUCAUGGUGAAAAGAAAUUUUGUAAUGAUUCACCGAUAACAAUUAAUGGUAGUAGUUCAAUACCGAAUGGUAUUAAUAAUGAAACAAUUGAUGCUGCAUCAUUAUAUGGUACAACAAAAAGUGGAACAACAUCUGGAUGGAUUAAUGCAUUAGCUGGUAGUAGUGCUGGAGUUGUACAAGGUGUUGGUGGACAAUCAACAUUAAGUCGAAAGUCUGGUACAUCAGCAAAAAAUACUGAUAGAAGUAAUGAUGCACAAAUAUUAUCUCGAGAUUUACUUAAAAAACGUAAUCUUCUUUUAACAUUACUUGCUUAUGAAAUUGAACGUUUAGAAACAUUUCAUAAUCCAUUAGGACGUCCAGAACUUCAAUUUGAUCAAGAUACACAAACAACAUAUACAAAUUGGAAAUUAUAUGAUAUGAAUGGAAUUACUAAUAAAGCUUGGCAAGAAUAUGGACGUUUAGCUUGGUUUAUUUCACCUGAUUUAGCUAUUAGUCUUUAUUAUACUGUUCCAAAAGAAUCUUUACGUCUUGAAAUUCAACGUCUAGUUAGAUCAUAUCCUUUGCAAGUUCGUCAUAUACCAGAAGCACUAAGUAUAUUUACAUUAACCUCAGAUAAUGAUCGACAAUGUGAAACAUCUCAUAUAUUAACUUGGGCUCCAAUUAAUCCUGUUGCUGCACUAUCUUAUUUUGCUAGUGCACGUCUUAAUCAAGUUGCAAAUUCUUAUACAAUUCAAUUUGCUUCACGAAUGUUAUAUACAACAAAAUCUGAAGCACUUAUUUUAUAUAUUCCUCAAUUAGUACAAGCUGUUCGUUAUGAUGAAAUGGGUUUUGUACGUUGUUUAAUAUUAGCAUUAUCGAAAAAAUCAAAUUUAUUAGCACAUCAACUUAUAUGGAAUAUUCGAACAAAUACAUAUAAAAAUGAAGAUACACCUGAUCAGGAAAUGCAAGCUAAAUUAGAACCAAUAGCUCGACAAAUUGAAAUUGAUUUUACACAUGAUGCAAGAAAUUUUUAUGAACGUGUUUUUGCUUUUUCCAAUCGACUUACUAAAGUAUCUGAUACAAUUAAAAGUUAUCCAAAAGGAAAUUCACGUAAAGAAGCUUGUCUACAAGAAUUACGAACAAUUGGUAGUGAAGUACCACCUGGUGUUUAUCUACCAUCAAAUCCUGAAGCAAUUGUUAUUUCUUUAAUACCAGAAAGUGGAGCACCAAUGCAAAGCGCGGCUAAAGCACCAUAUCGUGCAACAUUUCGUGUUCAAACUGUUGGUAUUGAACAAGUUGAACGUUGUGCUGAUCCUGAUUAUGAAUUAAUGCAAGAUUUUAGUAAUCAAUAUUCUCAAAUGGCUAUUUUUAAAGUUGGCGAUGAUGUUCGACAGGAUAUUUUGGCUUUACAAUUAAUGCGUCUUUUUCAAAAUAUAUUUGAACAAGAAGGUUUAGAAUUAUAUUUAUAUACAUAUCGUGUUAUUGCUACAAGUCCUGGUUGUGGUGUUAUUGAAUGUGUACCAAAUUCUCGUUCACGUGAAGAUAUUGGUAGAAAUACAGAAGUUGGUUUAUUUGAAUAUUUUCGACAUGUUUACGGAAAAGAUGAUUCAAUUAAAUUUCAAAAAGCACGUCGAAAUUUUGUUAUGAGUAUGGCAGCAUACUCAAUAGCACUUUUUAUGCUUCAAAUAAAAGAUCGUCAUAAUGGAAAUAUUAUGAUUGAUGAUGAAGGACAUAUUGUUCAUAUUGAUUUUGGUUUUAUGUUUGAAUCAUCACCUGGUGGUAAUAUGCGCUUUGAGCCAGAUAUUAAAUUAACUGCAGAAAUGAUUCUUAUUAUGGGUGAUCUUACUGCUCCAGCUUUUCAAUGGUUUAAAGAAUUAUGUAUUAAAGGUUAUUUAGCUUUAAGACCAUAUCGUCAUCAUUUUAUAACUCUUGUUGCAUUAAUGCUUGAUACUGGUUUACCAUGUUUUCGUGGUCAUACAUUAGAACAAUUAAAUGCUCGUUUAAAACCUGAUACAAGUGAAGCUGAUGCAGCUCGUUAUAUGCAUGAAGUAAUCAAUCGAUGUGCACAUAGUUUAAGAACACGUCUAUAUGAUUAUAUUCAAUAUCAACAAAAUUCAAUACCUUAUUAA